AAUUUUCAAAAAUCAAAGGUAAAUUUUCCAAAGGAUCAAGAAUACGUAACUCAAAAAGGCUACAAAAUGAUUUCUAAACAGCAAAAUAUUGUAGGAAAAAUUUUCAACAAUUUUUUCAUUUCGUUUAGAAUCUUGAUUUUAGCCAUCUUUUUCCUGGACGAUCCAGGAUAUCGAUUCUGAAAGUCAGAAAAUUGAGACGAAAAUUUUCAAAAAUAUUUUCAUGGAAUUCAAAUCCAGAUUUUAACCAUUUACAUAUUUCAAGGAUUACAAAAUUAAAAGAUGCACAAUUGCACAGGAGGCUACAGAAUUUCUCAAAUGGACCAUCAAUCGGUUCUGUACGUCGAAAGAUUAAUACACAAUAAAAAUAUGACAAAUUUUAAUUUGAUCAUCUUGAGCAAGUAGAAGUUUGUUUGAAAUAAAACGAAAAUGUUUGAAAAAUAUGUAAAAUACCUAGGUACUUAAUUAGGUAUAGGUAAGUAUCGAGAAGCACUUUGUAUAGAUUAGAAUUAAACGUGUUUUUAAAGCUAUUGGAAUUUCUUGUCGAUCAAUUUAUAAUGUUAUCAAACUACAUAGAUUGAAAACAUGAUCCGAACCAAAUCGAAUCUGCAGGUGAAUCGAAACUCUUAUUGCAAAUUGUAUCGAGCGAUGUCUUGAAAAAGUUAUUUUUUCUGUUUUACAAAGUCAUACUGCACAAUGAAGAUCUUUCGUGUAAUUUCAUUCGCCUUGACAGGUAAAAAAUACUCGUAUUUUCAUUUCAAUCGUGUACAAAAAAACUGGUUCAUCACAGAUGAAAAGUACGUAGAAGGUGCUCACGUAUGAUGCAGAGGGGAAUGGGAUUCUUGAAAAAUGGCCUCUCAGUAGGCAGAAAUAAAUUGAGUAUCGUCCAAAACGAACAAUUGAAAAUUAGAAGCAAAAAACUAUCAAAAAAACAACGGAAAUAUAAAUUUAUCAAAAAUUGGAAACACGCUCAGCAGUCAAGACGCCAAAUUUUUGAAAAAUAUUCAUCGAACUCUUUUUUUUUAUUAUUACUAUUUGUUUCAAAUUCAAGAGCUCUCAAAAUUCGAAAACUUAUUGUCAAAAAAUUAAAACCUUGAUCCGUUUGACCUUCUCUCUUCUCCCUCCAAACGACAAAUUAUGCAUGAAAAUUUCAAAAAUCUGCUAAGGUGCUUCAGAACUAAGUACAUACCACUCAAAAUGGUUCGAAACCGUUUCCAAUCGAUUUGGAAAGUCGAUAACAGGGCACACACCAAAUUAUAGCUUUCUUGGUCUAUUUGGUAAAAAUUUGAUUUUUUUUUUCAUUUUUGAUCCAAGUUUGAUUUUUUACAAAUUCAUUAAAAAUCAAAAUCGUUUGUAAUCUCAAAAAUUUUAUCUGUUUCCAAAUUCGUUUUCGAAAAAUCAGAUCACCUCAAUUCAAACCUGAUGGACAAGUAUAUCAGCUGAUUUUAAAAUUCCGUGAUUUUAGAAUUUUUUUUUUGAUUUGCCAUUGAAAAUAAGAGUUUACAGGUGAAGAAGUGGUUUACGUAACUUUUCCCAUAUAAGGAUUAUAAAAUUACUUACUCACUUAUUCUCAUACGCGAGUUCAUAUUCUAUCAUUUUUGGAAGGAAAUUUGUACUCACCUGAAACAAAGAAAAAUUAAGGUGGAUUAGUUAGUUAUAAAAUUAUUGAUCAAUCAACAGAUACAUAAUAUAUAAAAUAAUAAUCGUCGAAGGCCAACGUAAAAAUUCUGACGAUCUCUACGUUUAAUAAAGGUCCAAAAAUUAAUAUUCACAAUAAUAAAGUACAUCAUAAAAAUAGUAAAAUUGAUUGUGAAAAAUCAUUCAAAAAAUUAUUGGACAGGUAUACAUUUUUUAAAACAUUUGAGCGAAAUAAAAAUCGUUUCUACUCGUAUAUUAUUAGUUCAAUAAUUCCAUCUUUGCAGGUUUUCUAUAGAACUAAAAAAUUCACACAUUUUCCGAAGGGUUCAGAAUAACUCGAAAAGGCCACAAAUCGAUUCUGAAGAUCAAAAUAUUGAAGCAAAAAAUUUUCAAAUUUUUUCUCUAUUUUAUUGAAAUCCCGAUGUUUGCCAUUGUUUCGAGAGCUAAAAAAUCGAAAAUUUUUAUGGCAGAUCCAGAGUAAUCGGAAAGUGCACAAAUCGAUUCUGAAAAUCAGAAAAUUGAGGCAAAAAUUUUCAAUAAUCUUUUCAAGCAGCUCAAAUCCUAAUUUUAAAACCAAAAAAUACACAGAAGGCUCCCGAACUACUCAAAGGGACCACUAAUCAAUUCUCUACCAUACACAAAAACAUGCAUAUACAUACAAUAACAACUUGUCAAAUUUUCAUUUCAUCAACUUGAGUAGGUAUAGAGAGAUAUACCUAUAUGUCUGUGAUUAAAUAAAAAUUAAUUGUGUAGGUAUAAGAAUGUUUUUCAAAAAAUAUACAAAAUAUGUACUAAUUAAUCAUAAGAAGGUCGCUAGAUCUACCGAGGAGCACUAUUUAUAGAUUAGUAUUGAGUGUUUUUCAAGCUAUUAAAAUUUCUUAUCGAGCAAUUUUCAAUGUUAUCAGACUUCCUCAGUUGUAAAAAUGAUCUGAACAUAAGAUGAUGAUAAAAAUAACACGUGAACUGUUGGUAAAUCUAAACCGUUAUUACCAAUUGUAUCGAUCGCGCGAUGUCUCGAAAAAGUUUGUUUUUCUGUUAUACAAAGUCAUAUUGCACAAUGAAGAUAUUGCUUUUAUUAUCAUUCUCCAUGGCAGCCAUUUCUUUAACUCGAAGUUCAAAUUCGAGCGAGGCUCAUGACAUCACAACCCUGCUAAAUGAUACCAUCGCAAAAACAUUCGAAAAUAUGCAUAAAGUUACGGUCAUCAAGUUGGUCCUCAGCAUAGAGAAUUUAAAAUGGUUCAACUUUGAAACAUAUACAGACUGCGAAUUAGGACCUUUUAAGAAUGAGUUCUAUUUCAGUGAUGUCACCGUAAACCCAGUCAAAGUAGGAUCUGCCCGCUUAAGACAAGAAUUUUUUCGCAAUAGAAUGACCAUAUUCUUCUCCUACCUAUCAAUUGAAAUGGAAGGAUUCUUGGGAGCAACUCCAAAUUGUAGAGGUCACGAGGCCGCGGGUUUCAAAGGAACUCUGGAUUUUGAAAACAUCACCAUUUACGUAAUAGCGCAACCAAUGCAAAAUUUCUCAAAGAACGAAUUAUACCCUCAUAUUGAUUUCAUUCACUACGAUGGUUACGAAUCCAAUUACACACAUUCACCUUACUUCGGCGAAGACUUGACAUCAGAUGCCCAAUACAAUCUCGAAAGACGAAUCAAAUAUUUCUUACCAUCGUUAUUCCUGUUAAAUUUACGAGACAACGAGAACUUUAUGAAAACACUCCAUGCAGCGUUUUGUCGUCAUCCUGAACCAGAGAUCACGUCGCAUUAUCCCUCUUCAGAUAUUUUCAAAAUGAAAAAUUACUUCUUUAUACCAAAUUUCACUUCACUAGGUCGUAUCUUGAGCAAUAUCACCAUCACAGGAAUGCACAAUUUUCAUAGUCACUCGUCUGCUGAAAAUUCCGACCACACUGUCAGCACUCUGACGAUUAAAGAUAUUCAAGGAACCACUAAUUUACAUUACGAUCUUCGAAAUUUUACAAUUUUUCCACUAUAUUUUGAAGCAGAUCGCAUCUCGAUAACAGUUAAUCGAAAACAGCAAAGUAUCAAUGUGACUGCGCACAGUUACACGGUUAUUGACACUAUAAUGAACGUCUUGUUGACGGAAUAUCAAUCCAAAUGGGUAAUGGAAGGAAUUCAAUUGGCGAUCGCGUCUUCGAUAAUGCCAUCGAUGAAAUAUUACAGAUACAGCACUCAAUCCACCGAUUCGCUCGAAGAACACCCAAUUGUGAAAAUGAUCACCAAAUUAUCUCAGCAAUUCGAAAGUCGCACGAUACAAAAACUGUACGAUACUUGGAAUGUAACGAUACCCAAAAGCCUCGAGGCAAAAUCAAGUCUCCAAAUAGAAUCAUACAAUUACAAUAUUUCAAUCGAUGCCAAACCGGAAACAGCAUUGAACCCGUAUCCAGUAUUAUCUCAUUGUAAUCUCUACUGCAAUUUGGAAUUCGUUUUCGAAAUUCCUACUUGGUUCGGUACAAUUAGCGUGCUCAAUACUACUCACGAAUUCGACGAAAUUAAUUUUGAAAUCUUCAGUCAUUACCCUACAGUAGGCAAAUCGAAUAAUUCGAAUGAUUUUAAAUUGGAAUACUAUUCAUCUUUUGAGGUAACACUGCUCUCAAAUCCGAACAAUUUCACAGAUCACGAGCAAUUGGAGAUGGAACAAAAAACGCAACAAUUGAUGUUCUCGUUAAUUAAGAAAACCGUUAUCCAUUUCGCAGAACCACUGCUUUCAUUACAAUUGGACCAUUAUACCAAACCAGUGAAAAUUUUCGACGACUUCCUGCCUUUCUACCCCGAUCAUGAAUUACCUUUCCGUGUACCCGAUGCCAUAAUUGCGAAACACUUCAUGAUACCGAAAAUAAACGACGUGAUAAUCACAGAGUGGGCAAAAUCACCUACUGGCCUUGUCUCCAUUGACCAAUACUCGUACCUUGUCAAUGGAAGCAUUACGACGUACGUUAAUUUAGAAUUGGCAGGCGCUGAAAUCCGAAUGAAUUUUGACGAUAGCUUGGUGCCAUUUGAUGAACUGCGUUUGACAUUGGAUGAAUUAUCGGUACGAAAAUAUACAAAUAGUGGAGAGGUUACAGUGCGUUUAGAUUCGAGUUACGAUUCUCAGAACAAUAAAACGAUCUCCUUUUCUACUUCGAAAUUCGCCUCUAUUGAGAUGGAAUUAGAAAGUAUACUAGGCGAAUGUUUCACUUAUCUUACCAGUAUCGUUUUUUAACAUUAUUUUUAUUACCAAUUUACACCUAUCUAUCACUAAUUUUGUACAAAUUAAAUUAAAAUCAAAACAUUGAACAAAAAUUUUCAAA